UGGACGCUGCCGAUUCACAGUAAAGGAGAGAGAGAAAGAAAGAAAGAGAGAGAGAGAGACUGAAAGAGCAGCACAGUUGGCUGAAUUUUAGGAAAUGCUUCUUCUCUACGGUAAAGUUAACAGAUGCCACCCACAACAAUCAGAAGACUUUCCUGACAUAUAAAUGUGUUUCCCCACAGUGAAACCCUAACGCUUUGCUGGCAGGAUGUCCUCCAUAGAUCCCUAUCAGUACAUUGUAGUUCAACAUCAAUAUUCUCACAGGUUCAGAGUGACUGUGGUGAGAGCGGAAAAUGUAACGAAAGGCGCGCUUGGGGACUUGUUGGACACACCAGACCCGUAUGUAGAGCUUUCAAUCCCAACUGCUCCUGAAUCGAGAAAAAGAACACGUCACAUAGACAAUGACAUCCAUCCAAAGUGGAACGAAACCUUUGAGUUUCUUCUGGACCCCCAACAGGAGAAUGUGCUGGAGAUAACUUUAAUGGAUGCCAACUAUGUCAUGGAUGAGACUCUGGGCACAGCUACAUAUGCAGUUAACAACGUGAAAGUAGGACAGAUAGAGAUGGUGACUCUGUCUAUUGGAAAGACUACAAAGGUGCACCUGGAGAUGUCAUUAGAAGUCUGUUCCUCCACUGAUCUGCGCUUCAGUAUGGCCCUGUGUGACCAGGAGAAGAUGUUCAGGGAGAUGCGUAGGGACAGAGUAAUGCUAGGUAUCAAAAAAUUCCUUGACAUGGAAAAACCACGCUUCCUGCCCACCUCAAAGAAUGAGGUUCCCACCAUCGCAAUAGUGGGAUCAGGAGGGGGUUUCCGAGCCAUGGUGGGCUUCUCUGGGGUGAUGAAGGCUCUGUACGAGUCUGGAGUGCUGGACUGUGCUACUUAUGUUGCAGGACUUUCUGGAUCAACAUGGUACAUGUCCUCACUAUACUCACACCCCGAGUUUCCUGAGAAAGGCCCCCGAGACAUCAAUCAGGAGCUGAUGAAGAGUGUGAGCAGCAGUCCACUCAAACUGCUGAUGCCACAGCACAUCAAACGCUACAUUAAAGCACUGUGGAAGAAGAAAGCAAGCGGCCAGCCUGUCACUUUUACCGACAUCUUUGGCAUGCUCAUCGGAGAGACGCUUAUACCGGGGCGGAUGGACAUGUCACUGAGCUCCUUGCAGGACAAGGUGAAUCUUGGUCAGUCUCCUUUGCCUUUGUUCACCUGUCUGCAUGUCAAACCCAAUGUCUCUGAGCUCAUGUUUGCUGACUGGGUGGAGUUUAGCCCUUAUGAGAUUGGCAUGGCAAAAUAUGGCACCUUCAUGGCCCCGGAGUUCUUUGGCAGCAAGUUCUUCAUGGGCAGCGUUGUGAAAAAGUGUGAGGAGAACCCACUACAUUUCCUAAUGGGUGUGUGGGGAAGCGCUUUCUCCAUCCUGUUUAAUCGGGUCAUUGGAGUGAAGGAGACUACUGGCUGCAGCAGCACUAUGGAGGAGGAGCUCGAGCAAAUUAAACCAGAGCACAUUCUUGGAAAUGACACAACAGAUAACGAUGAGGAAUUGCGCAGGACGGGUACAGAGUCUUUAGAGGCGGAAGAAGAGCGGCAGCGUAAUGCUCAGGCCAGCUGGGUGCAGCGAAUGUUUAGCUCCAUCGUGGGUGACACGUCACUGUUUAACACACGUGAAGGCCGUGCGGGAAAAGUGCACAACUUCAUGCUGGGUCUAAAUCUAAACACCUCUGUACCAUUCACACCACGCCAUUCUUUACAGCCACAGCUCUCUGUUGAGGAUGAGGGGGAUGCUGUCACAGAUCCCAAUGAGUUUGUUCAUAUCUACGAGCCUCUGGAUGUAAAGAGUAAGAAGAUUCAUGUGGUGGAUAGUGGGCUGACCUUUAACCUGCCCUACCCCUUAAUCCUGCGACCCCAGCGUGGUGUGGAUCUCAUCAUAUCUUUUGAUUUCUCAGCCAGGCCGAGUGAUUCCAGUCCUCCUUUUAAGGAGCUUUUGUUGGCUGAGAAAUGGGCACGAAUGAACAAGUUGCCUUUCCCUAAGAUCGAUGUGAAGGUGUUCGAUCGUGAGGGUCUGCAGGAAUGUUAUGUGUUCAAGCCCAGACCAGAAGAGAAACACUGCCCUACUGUUAUCCACUUCGUCCUGGCCAACAUCCGCUUCAGGGAGUUCAAGGCUCCCGGAGUUCCCAGGGAGACGGAUAAGGAGAAGGAGUUUGCUGACUUUGACAUAUUUGAUGAUGCUGAGACUCCAUAUUCCACAUUCAACUUCCAGUACUCAAAUCAGGCAUUCAAACAGCUGCAUGACCUCAUGGAGUUCAACACGCUCAACAACAUUGAGCUUAUAAAAGACGCCAUCAAAGACAGCAUUCUUCAGAGGCGGAUGAACCCGUCACGCUGCAAUGUAUCUCUUUCGCUCAAUGAGAUUGAAAACAAGAAGUUCCUGAAACGUGGCACAGGCAGCAUAAAGAAGGGCACACCUAACAGAUAAACACAGCGAGUGGAUAAAUCAGUGUCGGCUUCCUGAGAGUACGGAUGUCGUAUCAAAUUUUGCUGGACAAUAGAUUAAAAUGGAAAUAAGUUAAAACAGCAUAACUGGAUACACUCUGUUACAGUGCAGUAUUUGAUAGACAUUUUGACUUUUUUGGAUGCUUUUAGCUUUUGAUAGUAUUGUUUACAUGCACUUGUACCCCUUUUACCACAUUUGUAAAGGUUUUAGCUGUCAUUAACAAAAAGACAGAUUGUGUAAAAAAUACACACAAGGCUUGAUUGUGUGAGAAAUCUCCCCACACUCUAAUGGUCAACAGACACUGAUUAAGGCUGUAGUGUCACAGUGUCCAAACUCACUGUUCAAAAUCGUAUACUGUUCACUAUGUAGUGCAUAGUGAUGUCUGAAAACAUAGUUAGUGCACUCACAAAGUGAAAUCCCACAGUACUCUGUGGUAUGAAUAAGGAAUUUAAGAAUAUCCAUCAUGCACCAAUGCAGUUUGACUUAAAUUUAAAGAAGAGUAUCAAUCCUUUCUGCCAAAAUGUCUUCCCAGUGUUUAUAUGUUGUAGUCUCGGGAAAUAGUGUGUAUAACCCAUAAUGCAAUGCCAUCAUCUUACAAUUAAUCAAAUUAAUCACGAAAGGAAAAAAUCUGUUAUCAAUAACAUAUAGCUAAUAUUAACUUAUUUUAUGUAUUUUAAUCAAGCCUGUAAUGACAAACCUUGUGUGUUGUGUUGUUAGCCUUAUCAUGGUCUUAAAUCCUGUCUACUGCUUAACCUCUUUCUGUUAGAGUGACUGAUGGUAAAUCUACACUUAUGUUUUAAGAUAACCAGCUGAUUCACUGCCACACUUUACAUUUUUUGAGCCAUAAAGACCUGAGAUUUUAAAGCUAGUCAAAGAUGAAAAGAUAAAAGUACACAGAGACACAUACCUGUCCUCCCACAAAAUGCCUGAAUGGAUAACAAUAAAGUUAUGGCAUGACAUGUCAGGUUGUGUAGACAGUCUACACACAGCUCCUGACUUCAUGCACGCUUUCGAGUAUCAUAAUGAUGCCUAGCCAUGAAAUUCAAGUCUAUUGUUUUAAUUAGAACAAGAUGUAUUAAUAUAGUGGCUUUCCCGCACUUAAAAAGUAAAUGUUCACGAGAGUCACUCUACUCACAGCGACUUUUAUGUUUUUUCUGUGAAAAAUCGAAGGCUCAUAACUCAAGAGCUUAAGACUUAUGUUUAUUUUAUGUCUCUAUGAACUUUAUAGUAAAUUAUACAUUUGAAGUACAUGACUGUACACUUAGCACUGGAUAACACUAACAGUUGAAUAUGAUAAAUCCAUAUGCACUACACAAUGAGAACUGUUUGUCUUCUUGGUUAUGUAAACGGUUAGGUUACGUAGACUAAUCAUUCAUUCUUUCAUUUAUUGACCAACAGUUAAGAAAAUCUCUUCAUGUGCUGGAUAUGCAUCCUGGAUUAAAGACUGCUAAAAAUUUCUGCCUGAUUCAAUAGUAUAAUAUUAAGUAUAUCAUUUUAUCCUGAAUACUUAUGUAACUAUUUAAAUUGUUAUACUAUAAUAAAACUUCUGAUAGCA